AUGGUUACCAUAUCUGUCAAAAAAAAAGAACAGAUGGAGCAUAUUACCAAAGGCAAAGUCUGGAUAUUGACAGCCCAGGUGGAGCUCACUUCACAUGUUUAUCAACAUGACUGGGAUUCCCAAAUGAUCCAUGGUGCUCUGUCGUUCACAAUUCAUGCUAAUAACCCACCAGGAUUUAGACCUUUUGUUUUAAAUAGAAAUCCCUCUGGCGCAGAAGAUGGUUUUAUCAAAGACUUUUGGCAGCAAGCCUUCAACUGUGUAUUUAAAACUUCAGAUAUGGAUGAGGUGAAUGGAGAUAUCUGCAGUGGGAAAGAAAAACUAGAAGAUCUUCCUGGAACAUUUUUUGAAAUGAACAUGAUUGGUCACAGCUAUAGUAUCUAUAAUUCUGUCUAUGCCAUAGCCCAUGCUUUACAAGCUAUGUUUUCAUCCAGACUUAGACAGAGAUCAGUAGCAGAGGCAGGAAGACUGAAGCUUAAGAAUCUAAAUUCAUGGCAGUCCCAGCCUCUUUCAGUUUGUUCUGAAAGUUGCCACCCUGGUUCAAACAAGAAAGUGAAGGAAGGGGAACCCUUUUGCUGCUAUGACUGCAUCCUGUGUCCAGAUGAGAAGAUUUCCAAGAAGAAAGUGAUGGUGCUUGCAAUAUUUGUGAAGAACCACAACACUCCUAUCAUCAUUGCCAAUAACCGAAACCUCACUUACAGUCUCCUCAUCUCCCUCCUGCUCUGCUUCCUUUCUGCAUUCUUAUUCAUUGGUCAUCCUGAGAAGAUGGUAUGUCUCCUGCAACAAAUGACUUUUGGGGUUGUCUUUGCAGUGGCUGUUUCUUCAGUGUUGGCAAAAACCGUCACAGUGGUUCUGGCUUUCCUGGCCACCAAGCCAGGAUCCAAGAUGAGAAUUUUGUUGCCUAAGAAUUACCAACAUAUCCUGGCCCUGGUAUUUGCAGUGAAGGAGAUCAAUGAAAAUCCUCAUAUCUUACCUAAUGUCACCCUGGGCUUCCACAUUUAUGACAGUCACUUCAGUGCAGAGAAGACCUAUCAUGCCACAAUGCUUCUACUUUACAGCUUGAAGAAAUUUGUUCCCAACUACAUCUGUGGUAUUCAGAAUCAUCUGACAGCAGUGAUUGGGGGAUUAGACUCCAAAACAUCAAUUGUCAUUGCAAAUGUCUUGGAUAUCUACAAAGUUCCACAGCUGGUCUAUGGCUCUGCUCCAAUCAUGAAUUAUAAAACCCCAUGCCUUUCCUUCUUCCAAAUGAGCCCUAUAGAAAGCCUUCAGUAUGAAGGGAUUCUGUCUUUGCUUCUUUACUUCAGGUGGACAUGGGUUGGACUUGGCGUGAUGGAAAAUGAAAAUGGAGAAAGAUUUUUAGAUGCAAUUAUACCACUAUUUUUCAAGCAUGGUGUCUGCUUUGAAACCAUAGAGAAAAUUGCCAUAAUAACAUCUUUUAAUGAGAUUGGCAGCUUGUUCAACCGAGGUGCAGAAAUCCAUGAUAAAAUCAUAGAUAGCAAGACAAAUAUAAUGAUAUUUUAUGGCGAAUCUUAUUCCAUGAUGCUACUGAGAUGGUUACCGUAUCUGUCAAACAAAGAACAGAUGGAGCAUAUCACCAGAGGCAAAGUCUGGAUAUUGACAGCCCAGGUGGAGCUCACUUCACAUGUUUAUCAACGUGACUGGGAUUCCCAAAUGAUCCAUGGUGCUCUGUCCUUCACAAUUCAUGCUAAUAACCCACCAGGAUUUAGACCUUUUGUUUUAAAUAGAAAUCCCUCUGGCGCAGAAGAUGGUUUUAUCAAAGACUUUUGGCAGCAAGCCUUCAGCUGUGUAUUUAAAGCUUCAGAUAUGGAUGAGGUGAAUGGAGAUAUCUGCAGUGGGAAAGAAAAACUAGAAGAUCUUCCUGGAACAUUUUUUGAAAUGAACAUGAUUGGUCACAGCUAUAGUAUCUAUAAUUCUGUCUAUGCCAUAGCCCAUGCUUUACAAGCUAUGUCUUCAUCCAGACUUAGACAGAGAUCAAUAGCAGAGGCAGGAAGACUGAAGCUUAAGAAUCUAAAUUCAUGGCAGCUACAUCAUUUCUUGAAAGGUGUUUCAUUUAACAACAGUGCUGGGGACAAAGUGACACUUGACCAGAAUGGAGAAUUACUAGUGGGAUAUGAUGUAUUGAACUGGAUUGUUUCUUCUAACCAAUCCUUCAUUAGGAAAAGAGUUGGCAGAUUAGACCCUGAAGCUCCAUCGGACCAAAGGUUCACUAUUAGUGAAGAUGCCAUAAUCUGGCACAUCUGGUUUAACCGGUCCCAGCCUCUUUUAGUUUGUUCUGAAAGUUGCCACCCUGGUUCAAACAAGAAAGUGAAGGAAGGGGAACCCUUUUGCUGCUAUGACUGCAUCCUGUGUCCAGAUGGGAAGAUUUCCAAGAAGGAAGAUAGUAAUGAAUGUUAUCGAUGUACACAAGGAAGCUAUCCAAACAAGAAACACAAUUUUUGUAUAUCUAAAACAAUGACAUUUUUAUCUUACGAAAAACUUUUGGGGAUCACUUUAAUUUUUUUUGCCCUUUUCUUUUCUUUGGUCGCAGUGAUGGUGCUUGUAAUAUUUGUAAAGAACCACAACACUCCUAUCAUCAUUGCCAAUAACCGAGACCUCACUUACAGUCUCCUCAUCUCCCUUCUGCUCUGCUUCCUUUCUGCAUUCUUAUUCAUUGGUCAUCCUGAGAAGAUGGUAUGUCUCCUGCAACAAACUACUUUUGGGAUUGUCUUUGCAGUGGCUGUUUCUUCAGUGUUGGCAAAAACCGUCACAGUGGUUCUGGCUUUCCUGGCCACCAAGCCAGGAUCCAAGAUGAGAAUGUUUGUGGGAAAGAGACUGUCCAACUCCAUUGUCAUCUCCUGUUCUCUUAUUCAAAUAGGUAUCUGCAUGACAUGGCUAACAACUUCUCCCCCAUUCCCAGAUACUGACAUGGAUUCGGUAGUUGAAGAAAUUAUUCUGCAGUGCAAUCAAGGCUCUGUGACUAUGUUCUACAGUGUCCUAAGCUAUUUGGGCUUCUUGUCUGUUAUUAGUUUCAUAGUUGCUUUCAUGGCCAGGAAAUUACCUGAUACUUUCAAUGAAGCCAAGUUCAUCUCCUUCAGCAUGUUGGUCUUCUGCAGUGUUUGGAUAUUGUUUGUUCCAACCUACCUGAGCACCAAGGGGAAGUACAUGGUAGCAGUGGAGAUAUUUUCCAUCUUGGCCUCUAGUGCUGGUUUGCUAGGUUGCAUCUUUCUUCCCAAAUCUUAUGUAAUUCUUUUAAGACCUGACUUGAACAACAGAGAAACUUUAAUGAAAAGAAAACAAUUCUGA